AUGACAACCACCCGCUCAUCGAAGCCCGGCAGCGUGAACGUGAAGGCCUCGGAGCCACCCCGCGGCCGCCCCGUAAGUGGACGAGUGUGGAAGAAAGUUCAGAAGACUCGAUUUUCGACCCAGAGUCUCAAAGGAAGUAAGGUUUUAAGCACCACAUGGGAGGAGAAGAUGCUCCAACGCUCUAAGUUAAAAAAUCUCAAGGAAUUGCAGACUGAGAUUAAGAUGCGUCGACAAGCUGAAAAAGAUGCUAAGCGUCAGGCACGUGAAGAGAAGGAAAAGCGACGGAAGGAGAACGAGCUGAAGUCAGCUGCUGUACAAGUAAUAUCACGGACGCACAGACUCAAGACCAUGAGCAAGAAACAAUUGCGGAAUAUAAAGAAGACUAUUGUUAACAAGCAUGGCGUAGUUGAGUACGUGCCUGUGUACUCCAAGUAG